ACCAGUUCGAUUCUGUACCGAUCAUAGUACACAUGGUCGUUUACCUAGUGCUAAGGACAUCUUUGGUGCACCAUUACGUAGCUAGCUUUUGAUUCGUACGGACGGUCACUGUACGUACAGCGGAGUCACUGUGAAGCAAUUAGUUCAACACCAUCGGAACUACAACGGCGGAAUCAUCUCUCGAAGAGUCUUGUGAUCUGCUUUCGGACGGAUUUCUCAACGCGUUUGAACCCACCAUGGAGCAAGCAAUCGAAGAUCUGGAUGCUCAUCUGCCAGUACAGCGUGAACCGACGAGCAUCUUCUCGCUUCCGAGCGACGCACUAACCGGCAUGGCCAUGAAUGCCCCGUCCCGGCAAAGCAUGAAAGCACCGAAGGACGAACCGAUGCGAGGCCGUCGGUCUUCUCGGGGUCGGUCGCAGUCUCGUGGCCGUCGGAUGGCUAUGUCAAAGGCUGACCAGGAAGCGGAACCGGAACAGGAAACCUCUCCGAUGCGUCAACGGCAAGGCCGUAGCCGAUCACGUUCGGCCGCCAGUCGCGGAGGUACUCGGAGCCAAUCGCGUCGGCGCAGUCGUAGUCGUGCCGCGUCCCGCUCCCGAUCUCAAUCUCGUGCCCGCUCCGCCCGCAAUCGAUCGGGAAGCAGGAAGCGAUCCAGCCGUUCUCGCCGUCGUUGAGAAGAUGGCGCAAAAGGGCGGAAAAUUUCCACAUUUUUACGUACCACCCUACGAUCACCGUUUGCUCCAAUGCGUUGUUGAAGAUGAUGGGAAGGCUUAAAUUUUACAUCCUAGUUUCGUAUGCUAAAUUGCUCCUGUAGUGUAGUAUGUUACAAACUCGCAGUAAAUUUUCGAUUACUUUACAAACAUA